GUCAAUGAUACCGUCCCAAAUCUUGUCGCAAAUCUUGUCGCGAUCCUGCAAAGCGUCCAGUCAGUACUAUGUCGCCUGUAGAGAUGCUGUUUGCCAAUGAGCGUUCCUCGAGCACGUUCGAGGAGAUCCCGGUAAUCGACUUCUCGAAUGCUAACAGCACGGACCCAAUCGUGCGGAGAGCGCUUGCGGACCAGAUGCGAGAUGCCUGCGUGAACGUCGGGUUCUUCUACAUAAAAAAUCACGGCAUCCCGGAACCCGUUAUCGAGAAGACUGUGGACAGCGCGAAGGAGUUUUUUAAGCUACCGCUCGAGACAAAGAUGGAGCUCGAUAUCCACAAGACCCCGAACUUCAAAGGUUACACCGCCCUUCUCGGCGAGAACACGAACCCGGAAAACCGAGGAGACAUGCACGAAGGUUUCGAUAUCGGAUGGUCCGAUGAAGAAGCGCCGGGAUACACAGGCGCCGCCCGGACGGAAGGCGCUAUGAGCGGUGGUAAUGUUUGGCCCGACGAGAAGCUGCUUCCGGAAUUCAAGGGCAAGGUCCUCCAAUACUAUCAUGCGGCCAUUGACCUUGGCCAGACCUUGUUCCGUCUUUUCGCCCUAGCCCUCGAUCUUCCGGAGAAUUUCUUCGACGAUAAGACAACAAAACCUGCUGCUAUCAUGCGGCUCUUAUAUUAUCCUCCUCAGACCGGUGUCGUAGACGACCGCGUCAUCGGCAUCGGUGCUCACACCGACUAUGAGUGCUUUACGAUCCUCUGGCAAGAUCCCUCCGUUCAGGCUCUCCAGGUGCUCAAUGCGGAUGGGAAAUGGAUAGAUGCGGUUCCUAUCCCGGGCACUGUCGUCCUGAACAUCGGAGAUCAACUCGCCCGGUGGACAAACGACGUCUUCAAAUCAACGAUGCAUCGCGCCGUGAAUCGCUCGGGCGUCGAACGAUAUUCUAUUCCCUUGUUUUUCGGCACCGACUACGAGGUGAAACUUGAGGCUCUCCCAUCAUGCGUCUCGGAUGACAAUCCUCCGAAGUACGAGGUGGUUACUGCGGGAGAGUACGUGCAGUCGCGCCUUGAGGCAACGUACGCGCAUUCGAAGAAACCGUAAGGACACGGUUCAUCCGAUUUUCCUGCUCAAGCGAAGUACAGCCUCCUCAAUACCAGCAAAUGUUAUUUAGAGCGGUACACGAGCUUUGAUCCAGCAACUCCGAACAUCAUCGACGAAGAGCACUAUGAGUAAGUAUAAACUGCCUUUCUGAGCCCUGCCUAUAGGCAUUGCGACUGUGAACGCGAUCAUGAGCGCAUGCACCGGGCAGAAAGUCUACACGCACGUAAUAGGCGUUAAGUACCGUGCAUGUUGUUCCGGACGUGCAAGUUGUGCUAUUGACGGAUGAUCAGUCGUUCAGUGUUCCGGGUUUUGAGAUGUUACUCACGACCCCGUCCAACCAAU